UUUGUACGCUGGACAGGUCUUCGUGCUUUCUCCUUCUCUUCCUCCCCAGUAUACCUCACCGUCCUUUCUUUCUCCCAGUUCAUCACAUACCUCUUUCCAUCCUCUUUUCCAUCUUUUCUACUAGCCUCGCUAGAUCCCCUCUGCCCCGUGCGCCAAGCCUCGCACCUAUUCUUCUGAACCCCUCUCCUCACUUCUUGUAAUCGAUUUCUUGUUAGCACAAUAGCCCUGUUUACCUAAACAGAAAAAGAACCCGAGGAACUGGGGUGCACUAUCCUUUUUUCAAUUAAUCCACGAGGUUUUGCUGAAUACUGCCGAUGAACAGUCAGAGAAACGACGACUUGACGAAGCUCAAGAACGCGGAUGAUGUGACCAAGGAGGAGAUCCUCGACGAGCUCAUCAGCCGCUACGAGCAGCGGCCCCAGUCGCAGCCGUACACAGCCAUCGGCGACCGCGUGCUGGUGGCCUUUAAUCCGUUUGAGAGCCAGCCCAUGCACUCGGACCAGACCGCAUUGACAUACAUCGAUGACUACAGAGACACCACUGUGGGCCGCGAGCCGCUGCCGCCGCACAUCUUCAAGACUGCCGAGGAGGCGUACCUCCACAUGCGCCGCACUGGUCUCAACCAGAGCAUCGUCUUCAUUGGUGCGGCGGGAAGUGGAAAGACAGAGCAGCGGCGACUGGCGAUUCGCUUCUACUCGCUACUGCGCUCGCAGUCGAAAAAGGACACGCGGCUGUACAACCGGAUCCAAAACGCGGACAUUGUGCUCGAGGCGUUCUCGCACGCAAAGACGGUCUCGCACAACAACGCCUCGCGCGUGGGCACGUACUCGGAGCUGCAGUUCGACCAGCGCGGCCGCACCGUGGGUCUGAAGACGCUGACGUAUCUGCUGGAGAAGGCGCGCGUGACGCAUGUGCCGCAGGACGAGCGCAACUUCCAUGCGUUCUACUACCUGGCCAACGGUGCUGCGCCCGAGGAGCGCGAGAAGUUCGGCCUGAUGCACACGCAGUACGAGUACCUGAACCGCCCGGGCACCGUGCAGCGGAUCCACGGAUUCAGUGACGUCGAGCGGUUCCGUGAGCUGAUCGGCGCCAUGAGCGAGGUCGGGCUCGGCCACAAGUACCAGCACCAUAUCUUCUCGGUGCUGUCGGCGAUCCUUGCCCUGGGCAACCUCCAGUUCACGUACCAAAAGGUCGACGAGAUGAGCGCUGCUGAGGUGCGCAACACCGAGGUGCUGGAGCACGCCAGCCGGCUGCUGGGCUUCGGCAGCGACACCCUGCUCAAUCUGCUUACGGUCAAGACCAAGCAGGUUGGCAACGACAAGUACACGGUGUAUCUGGAUAGCGAUGGCGCUGUGGCCCGUCGCGACGAUCUGGCCCGGUCGCUGUACUCGCUGCUAUUCAACUGGAUGAUCGAGUUCAUCAACUCGAAGGUGUGCAAGGAAGACGCCGACCGCCACAACUUCAUCGGCCUGGUCGACUUCCCCGGCUGGUACACGAUUCGCAGCAGCACGUACGAGCAGAUGGUCAACAACUACACCAGCGAGCGCCUGCAGCAUUUCAUGUUCCACCAGAUCUUCGAGGCCGGCAAUGCUGAGUACGAGGCCGAGGGAAUCGUCGAUGCUUUGCCGAGCGUCGAGUUCCCGGACCGCACCAUGUGCCUGGAUCUGUUCAUGAAGGGCAAGACCGGACUGUUUGCGACCAUGGACCGCCAGGCAGUCGAGUACCUGAGCCCCGAGAAGACCGGCAAGAAGGGCAAGAAGAGCGCCGGCCCGCGCGAAUUCGAUGCGACUGUAUCGGACCGCCAGGCCAGCGUGCAGCUGCUCAGCGCCUUCAACAAGCUACACAACUCGCGCACCGGCGACAGCAACCCGUACUUUUCGUCGGGCGAGAGCAAGAACGAGAUGAACUCGUUCACGGUUGCGCAUUUCUGGGGCAGCGUCAGCUACAACGUCGACGAUUUUGUCGAGAAGAACCUGGAUCAGCUCAGCGCCGACUUCGUCGCUGUGUUCCGCGGCGACGGCACCGGCGAGAAUCCGGGCACCGGUAACGGGUUCGUCGCCGGCCUGUUCUCGAGCAAGACCCUGGCUACCGAGGUGCACCCGCGCAACGAGAAGGCCGUGGUCCAGGCGCAGGCGCCCUCAGUCCCCACCCGCGCUCCGUCGAUGAUGCGCUCGAAGAAGGGCGGCCACUCGCGUGUCGCCAAGGUCGCCUGCGUUGUGACGCAGUACCAGCGCGCCCUCAACGACCUAAUUGCGACGCUCGACGACACGCUGCCAUGGUUCGCUCUCUGCAUCAAGCCUAACGAGCAGGGCCGCCCCCACUGGACCGAUGCCCGUCGCGUGCAGGCCCAGACCGACUGCUUCAGCCUCGAUGCCAUCGUCAAGCGCAAGCGCGCAGAGUUCUCAGCCGUACUCGGCAUCAGCGAUUUCUGCCAGCGUUACGCCAGCGUGAUCGAAGACUAUGUCGCAACCGUCGACCCUGAGGACCCCCGUGCCCAGGUGCUGGCGCUCAAGCAGGCGCUGCAGCUGUCCGACUCGGACAUGAUCAUUGCUGAGAGCAAGGUGUUCCUGAAUUACUCAGCCUGGCGCCGCAUCGACGACCCGAUCCGCGGUAUCGAGCGCAUGGAGAUAGGCAACAAGCGCCGUGACCGCAAGGAGUCGCGUGCCAUCAGCAGCACCUACGAUGCUACUGCCGGCGAUGGCUACCAGGACACGCUGGGCAGCCAGUCGGAGGCCAAUCUGAUGCUCAACGCGCAGCCGCUGGGCCAGCACAACGCUGCUGAUAUCGGCGGCCUUUCGGCACAGCAGGCGCGUGCUCUCAAGGGCCGCAUGCUCGGCGGCGGUGGCAACGACACACGGUCGUACUACUCGGACGAUGACGGCUACCAGGACAUGGGCGUCAACGGCUCGGAAAUCAUGAGCGAGCGCGAGUUUGCGCCUGGCUACGAUACCACCACCCCCGGGUCGGUUAGCCGCGCUGCCUCGCUGAAGCAGGGCGUGUCGGGGGCCGUCAAUGAGGACGAUGAGGACGAGCCCGAGCACCCAAAGACGCGCGCGCGCAAGUACUGGCUGUGCUGCGUGUGGGCAAACACGUUCUGGGUUCCGUCGCCGCUGCUAAAGUGCUGCGGACGCAUUAAGCGCCGUGACCAGCGGCUGGCGUGGCGCGAGAAACUCACCCUAUGUCUGAUCAUCUUCUGGAGCUGUAUCUUUGUCGUGUUCUGGAUCGUCGGCCUGGGGCUCAUUCUGUGCCCGAAGCAGCACGUGUACUCGCUCUCGGAGCUGACCGAGCACCAGGAGACCAAGGAUGCGCUGAUUGCGAUUCGCGGCGAGGUCUUUGACGUCAAGAACUUCAACCACUUUAACAUCAACGUCGACUACCUGAAGAACCGCAACUUCCUGGGCCGGGACCAGACUGCGUUGUUCCCGCAGCAGCUCUCGUUUGUGUGCCCGUUCCCGGACCUGGAUCCGCGCCUGUCCAUGACUUACCGACCCGAGCUGUACACCCCCACAUACUUCCAUGACCACCGCUGGUGGCGCCAUCCGACUGACAAGGGUUACAACUACUACCAGAUGCGGCUGAUGCGGCUGAUGCGUGAAAAAUAUCACAAGGGCCAUGUCGCGUUCGAUCCUAAGGUGCUGUUGAAGGAGGCCCAAGGCCAUAGCAAGGGUACAUCCGACAAGACCGUUUACCGCUGCAUCAUCCACCAGCAGGUGUUUGAUUUGUCUGACUACAUCAACUCGCAGGGUGCGUCUUACAUGGUUGUGCCCGUCGGUCAGCCGAACUCGACGAACACGAUAGCUAAAAAGCUGUUCCUGGACCCUGAUGUCUUUACCAUGUUCGAUCAGAACAGAGGCCAGGAUAUCACGGAGCAGUGGGAUGCCUACUUUGCUGACAAGCCUGAUAGCAAGGCUCUCCACAAGCAGUGCCUGCGCGGCGCCUUCUACAUUGGCGAUGUCGAUCUGCGCAAGUCUGCACGCUGCUAUGCCGCCAACUACCUGCUCCUGGCUGGUUCGAUCGCUCUGGUUCUGCUCAUUUUUGUGAAGUUCAUCGCUGCGCUGCAGUUUGGCAGCCGCCGCGAGCCCGAGCCCGGAGACAACUUUAUCGUGUGCAACGUUCCCUGCUACACGGAGGGCGAAGACUCGCUGAAGAACACCAUUGAUUCGCUGGCCCGCCUCAAGUACGACGACAAGCGCAAGCUGCUGUUCAUCGUGUGCGACGGUAUGAUCAUGGGCUCCGGCAACGACCGCCCGACUCCGCGCAUCGUGCUGGAUAUCCUCGGCGUCGACCGCGACCAGGAGCCGGAGGCCCUCAGCUACAUUGCCCUGGGCGAGGGAUCAAAGGAGCACAACAUGGCCAAGGUCUACUCGGGUCUGUACGAGAUUGCUGGCCAUGUCGUUCCCUACCUGGUCAUCGUCAAGUGCGGUACUCCCAACGAGCGCAACCGCCCUGGCAACCGUGGUAAGCGCGACUCGCAGAUCAUGCUCAUGCGCUUCUUCAACAAGGUGUUCUUUGAUCUGCCCAUGGUCCCGCUCGAGCUCGAGAUGUACCACCAGGUCAAGAACGUCAUUGGCGUCAACCCGGCCUUCUACGAGCACGUGCUCAUGAUUGAUGCCGAUACUGUGGUGUUCCCCGACUCGCUCAACCGUCUUGUGGGCGCCAUGGCUCACGACCAGAAGAUUCUCGGCAUUUGCGGCGAGACUACGCUGGCCAACGCAAAGAGCUCGUGGAUCACCAUGAUGCAGGUCUACGAGUACUUCAUUUCGCACCAUCUGACCAAGGCCUUCGAGUCGCUGUUCGGCUCAGUGUCGUGUCUGCCUGGAUGCUUCUCGAUGUACCGCAUGCGCACGGCGGACAGCGCCCGCCCGCUGCUGAUCUCGAACCAGAUCAUCGAGGAGUACUCGACGAACCGGGUCGAGACGCUGCACGAGAAGAACCUGCUGCAUCUCGGUGAGGAUCGCUAUCUGACCACGCUGGUGCUGAAGCACUUCCCGUACUACAAGAACAAGUUUGUGCCUGAUGCCAAGUGCAUGACCAACGCGCCCGACCAGCUCAGCAUUCUGCUGUCGCAGCGUCGUCGCUGGAUUAACUCGACAGUGCACAACUUGUUUGAGCUGAUCUUCCUCCCCCAGCUGUGCGGUUUCUGCUGCUUCUCGAUGCGCUUCGUUGUCUUCAUCGACCUGAUCACCACCAUUAUCAUGCCGGCGACGCUCGUGUAUCUGGCGUACCUGAUCUACCAGCUGACCAACCCCGACUCGACGACCUCGUACAUUUCGCUGUACCUUCUGGCCGCCAUCUACGGUAUGCAGGCACUGAUCUUCAUCCUGAAGCGCCAGUGGCAGCAUAUCGGCUGGAUGAUCGUGUACAUUAUUGCCAUCCCGCUGUUCUCGUUCCUCAUUCCGAUCUACGCGUUCUGGCAUUUCGACGAUUUCUCGUGGGGUAACACCCGUGUCGUGGUCGGCGAGUCCGGUCGCAAGCACAUCUACACGGUGGACAACGAGAAGUUUGACACGACGACGAUUCCGCAGCGCAAGUGGUCCGACUACGAGCAGGAGCUGCUGUGGGAGGCCCACUCUGCCAGCCACCACGACGGCGGGUCGCAGUAUGGCGGUGCCAUGUCUGACGCUGGCUCGAAGCUGGCCGCUGCACACAACGUGCGCUCGGGCUCGGCCAUCGGCAACGUUCCCCAGUCGAUGCUGGGCUACGCCAACACGCAGUCCAUGUACAAUGCCAACUCGGUGUACAACGACGGCGGCUACGGCUACAACCCGAUGGGCGUCAAUAACAUGACUGUGAACCCGAUGGCCGGUAAUGGCAUCGACUACCUGGGCUCGGUGUCUGGACGCGCAUCGCCGAUGAUAAUGCCGACAUCCAGCGCCUACGAGAUGGUGCCGAUGGGCAGCGUUGGCCCGCAGUCCCGCGUCGGCAGCAUGGUUAUGCCGCAGGCUGUUGACCCGCGCCUGAGCCAGGUCAGCGGCAACCCGUUCGUGCAGCAGGACCCGCGCAUGUCGGCGUACUCGGUCGGCUCAAACAUCGCCGCCAACCAGAUGAUGAUGGGCGGCAUGCAGCAGCCGAUGAUGCACCCGGCCACCAUGAUGGAGCAGCCGGUGCCGGUCAGCGCCAACAUGGACCAGACCGGCGUGCUGAACAUGUUCCCAGCAUCUGAUCCCAGCGUGACUGCCGCAUCGUCGCUGGCCCAGCAGAGUUGGCCGUCGGGCAUCCCGGACGAGCAGAUCUCGGGGUACGUUGCCGAGAUCAUUGCCACCGCCGACCUGAUGACCAUCACCAAGAAGCAGGUGCGCGAGCAGAUCAUGUCCCGCUUCGGCAUCCAGGCUGAGGAGGCCAAGGCCCGCCGCGACUUCAUCAACCAGUGCAUUGGCCAAGAGCUGCAGAAGCGCAGCUAAAUUGCGUGUUUGGCUGCUUCGCAUAGACACAGGCGGCGUUUCCACAUGCCGCAAAUACUUUUCUGAAAUCUCUACUACACUUUCGAACAUUUUCACAAUACCAAUUCAUUCUACGGAUUGACAA